AAUGGAAAGAAAAAGCCAGGCUCUUCCUUUUGCCACUCUCUUUCUUAUCCCAAAGCAGGGAAGUCCUCCAAGGGGGCGUCCCAAACUUUAGCAAACUUUGGCAAACUUUAGUAAACUUUGGCAAGCUUUGGCUAGCUUUAGCAAACUUUGGCAAGCUUUGGCAAAUUUUAGCAAGCUUUAGCAAGCUUUAGCAAACUUUGGCAAGCUUUAGCAAACUUUGGCAAACUUUAGCAAACUUUGGCAGACUUUAGCAAACUUUGGCAAACUUUAGCAAGCUUUAGCAAACUUUGGCAAACUUUAGCAAACUUUGGCAGACUUUGGCAAACUUUGGUUAACUUUGGCUAACUUUAGUAAACUUUGGCAAGCUUUGGCAAACUUUAGCAAACUUUUUGGCAAACUUUGGCAGACUUUGGCAAACUUUGUCAAACUUUUCUCCACUCUCUCAGCUCCCUCCAGGCUCUGAUUUUAUAUAGAUAGAUAGAUAUAUUUCUUCCAGCAGGGCUUGAGCCACUUCGUCGUCCCUCCCAAACUGGACGCCUGAAGCCAAGAUGUCCCAGCUGUCUGUCAAAGAGCAUCUGGAUGGGAUACUUUCCGACUUCGAAGCCCUAAAGAGGUCCUUCGACGUAGAAGAUGGAGAAGAGGAGCCAGAGUUUUCCCCGUCCUCUCCGCCGCGGUCUCCCCUGAAUCCCACCCCUCCUGGAGUCCUCCUCACCCCUGGCAAUGGAGACGGGAGGAGAGUGGGGGGUCCGGUGCUGCCCUUUUACCAGACCCGCCUUGGCUUGGGCCCAAGCCCGGCUCAGAACGUCAACCCCAAGGCACGGAUCAGCGGCAGCCUCUCCUUCAACAGGGGCACCAUGCAGCCUCCUCGAUCCAACGGGACCAACCUCACAAGGGUCUCCUCCUUCCAGACACGGCUCAACCCCAAUGGCUUCUCGUCUUCCUUGGGCCCCGGAAGUGACAACGAGAGCCUGCAUAGCUCGUCUUCCAGCUUGGAGUGCCCGACACCCAUCAAAGGACCUCAGAAUAUGGCCCCACAAUUGCAGCUACCCACGUCGGCUGCCACCCAGCUCUCCAGUCACAUCCUGAAGAAGUUCUCCUCCCACGGCAACGUCUUCCAUGCCGAGGUGGACCAGCCCAUCCAAGAUAUCUCCAAAGCUGUUGUGAAUCACAGCUCCUUGCCCUCGCUGGACCUUCACAUUGCCGAAGACCUUCCUCUGUGCUCUACUCCAAAAUUUGAUGCCACAAAGAGCUACAGGGACCAGAACUGUAUCUCACCUCCACCCAUGAGACAGGAGGCCUUCAUUCCAGCCAUGCAAGCGAGCCAGUUGGCAAACAAGGCUGCUCCGGCUCCAGCUUCCAGGCAGACAGCGAAGUUGCAGAAAUUCCCCAUCAGCCUUGAUGGGUUGGUUGGGAAGUCUCCAAAUGGAGCUUUCCCCAAGGUUGACCCUUCAUCCAAAGCUUUGUCUAAAGCGGAGCUCCAGGUCAACCUUGGUCCCAGCCUCAGCGUGGCCCAGAAACACCCAGAAGGCAUCCAGGGAGAUCAAACUGUCAUUGAGAGUAACAUUUGCCUGCCACCUUCUCCUAAGAUCCUUCCAGGAGCUCCCUUCCAGCUUGUGUCACAUCUCCACAUGCCACAAGCCACAUCACGGCCAUCUUCUCAUGGAGACCCACCAACAGUAUCGCCACAAGAAGAGCCAGGUCCAUCAAGUCCAAGAGAAAGCAGCUAUGUCCCAGUGGAGAGGGUCAACUCUCCUUUCGGCCAAGAAGCCUCCAAGCUUCAUGUUCUGGUGCCGUCUUCUAGCUCAAGUGAAGAUCUCCUCACAGGAGCAAACCAGUCUCUGGAGGCUUCCUUGGAGCAGAAGGAACUUCAAGACAAGGAACUUCUAAAGGAAGAGCGGAACUCCCUGCCGCAGGCCUUCAUCAUGGAGGAGCAGGCGCUGCGAGAGCAGCUUCCCCGGGACGGCCCGUCCAUCAGCACCGGGGAUCGGCAGCUCUUUGGCUACGUGGGGAUCGACGCCGUGCUGGACCAGAUGCGGAUCAAGACCAUGAAGACGGGCUUUGAGUUCAACAUCAUGGUUGUAGGGCAGAGCGGCCUCGGCAAGUCCACCAUGGUGAACACCCUCUUCAAAUCCAAGAUCAGCCGGAAAUCCACCGGCACCGGGUACGAGGAGCGCAUCCCCAAGACGGUGCACUUGCUCUCUGUCACGCACAUUGUUGAAGAGAAAGGGGUGAAGAUGAAGUUGACAGUGACGGACACACCAGGAUUUGGGGAUCAAAUUAACAAUCAAAACUGCUGGGAGCCAAUUGUUGAAUUCAUCAACGAACAGUACGAACGCUACUUAAGAGAAGAGAUUCUCAUCAACCGCAAACGGAAAAUCCCCGACACUCGCGUUCACGCCUGCGUUUAUUUUGUGCCACCCACCGGUCACUGGCUGCGUCCCUUGGACCUGGAAUUCAUGCGGCGGCUCAGCAAGAUCACCAACGUGGUGCCAGUCAUUGCCCGAGCAGAUACCUUGACCCUGGAGGAGCGGGCAGAGUUCAAGCAGAAGAUUCAGAAAGACUUGAAGGCCCACGGGAUCCAUGUCUACCCACAAGUGGACUUUGACGAGGACCCGGAUGACAGGCUUCUGAAUGACAAAAUCCGGGAGAAAAUCCCUUUUGCUGUGGUUGGAGCAGACAAGGAGCACCAAGUGAACGGCAAGAAGGUUCUGGGCCGCAAAACCAAGUGGGGGAUUAUUGAAGUGGAAAACCCUGCCCACUGCGAGUUUCCUUUGCUGCGGGAUCUCUUAAUCAGGUCUCACCUGCAGGACCUCAAAGACAUCACCCACAACGUGCAUUAUGAGCAGUAUCGCGUGCGGCGUCUCAACGAAAGCAACCAGGCCUCCAAGGGAGGCCAAUGCCUGGCCCUGAGUGCUGUCAACGGAGAGCCCGAGAGCCACCUUUGAGUGACAGGGAUAGCGUGGCCUCUCCUGCCCCAUCCAUCCCUCCCCAGGCCUCACCGACCCCGCUCCCCAAAGGCUUCUACAGACUGGUGUGUUCUCUCCAGACGUCCACCUCCCUUGGUUUCUGUCUCUUCUCAUCAGAAAGAUGGUGAAAUCCCAGCUUCUUGUGUUGGACACCAAGACAUCCAUCUGCAGGACAACCAUCUCCUGGACUUUGCUCACCCUUGGCCAAGGAGACCCGGACUCCGGGGUGAAGAUCUCCAGGUCACCACCCAACCCACUCCUGAGCCCCAUUUUGCCCAUGCCUAGCUAUCUUUCGUAUUCUCCCCAUUUUUCUAAUCUUGUGCUUCUUGGCUCGGGAGAUGGAGCUUCAGAACCAUGACAUGAAAAAGUUGAGCCCAUAAACUUUGCGAGCAAAGAAGGGCGCACCUAUUUCUGUUCCUGGCAAAACAUCCUCGCAUUCCUAUGCUAUUUGCACCAGGAAUGAUUGCUGUUUGAAAGGACUCAGGUUGGGAAGGAGUGGUUUGAAGGCUUCUGCAAGGUCAGAAAAGCCUAAAAUUGUCCUUCUUGCCUUGUGCCGGGCUCCUUUUUGUUAUAUUUUUUCAUCCGAGAAGGCAAAGAGUCCUGGGAUUUCGGAGAUCCCCAAGGAUGCCAGAGCAGGAUGGAAAAGCUCACCACCAUCUCCGGGAAGCCAGCUCAUCCUUCCGCCCGAUUGCAUUUUAUAUUCCUCAGGCAGGUUGUGAAUCUCCAGUUUACACAUUAAAGAGAAAUUCCGAAGA